AUGAGUGUACUUUUCUUCCUUCUAGUGCCCAUCCCGUCAAAAGCCAAUGGCACCACCAUCUCCGCCCUUUCUAUGAACAAAGACACCCUGAUUGGAGGGGUGACAAACCCCAAUGAAGUCUUCUGCUCUGUGCCUGGCCGCCUGUCUCUCCUCAGCUCCACCUCAAAGUACAAAGUGACCGUUGGUGAGGUCCAGAGGCGGCUCUCGCCCCCUGAAUGUCUGAACGCUUCUCUUCUUGGCGGAGUCCUCCGGAGGUGAGAAACCAAGAAAACUGAUCCAGUUCAUUACGGAUCUGGAAUGAGUUCACUCAUUUCUGUAACUCCAUUCAUUUUUGUUUAUUGUUGAUUCCCAUAGCAGACCCCACCCAUAUCUUGCUGCCUGUAACAGCAGUGUUUCCCGAUCUACCGGCAUGGAUUUUUUCAGAUCACCUUUUUAUGGGCAGUUUAAGAAAGAUCUAUAUCCCAUAAGCUUCCCAGUGAGAAAACCAGCUCUCUGAUGGCAUUUGAAUACUUUUCGUAAGUCUCUGCCCUUUGAACUACGUGAGGAAAGCCUGGGGAGAAAUAUUUUAACAAAAUAAGAAGGAAAACAACCUAUAUCGCUUGUCAGUCCCAAGUGGGGCUUGGACUCUCCACAGGAUCCAGCUCCUGACUCCCGUGAUCAUGGCCCCCUCCUCUGGCUCAGACAUUUAUUGGGGCUCCACUACUGCUAGGAGUCAUCUAAGCUCCAACGGCCUGAUCUCUUCCCAGUUCUCAGGAUCUGAACAUCCCCUCCACAGCAUCUCCACAAGGCUUAUAACAGCGGUUUACAUAAUAUUAUUACAAGGAUCAGCAUCAAUUUUAUUUCUUUUUUAAAAUUACAAUGGAAAUGUUGGCUUUAAAAGGCUAUUAUGGCUUGCUUCUUCUCACUCCCCUCAGGGCAAGUGGGUCUUCAGGCUCCCCUGGUGGCAGUUGGAGGAGGGAAGGACCACUGUGGGAGGUGGAUGGUGGCAAUUCAAGGAAUUGUUUAUUCUCGCCUCCCCUCUCACGGCAAGAGUUGCAAUCCAAAACAUCUGAAGGGCACCAAGCCAGGGAAGGUAGGGAUAGGGUGAAUGGUGGUUUCGGCAUGUGAGAACAGCUGCAGAGCUUACAUCCACGCUGAACAUUUAAGGCAUGUUUAAAGCCAUGGCUUCCCCCAAAGAAUCAUGGGAGCUGUCAUUUAUUUCUCACAGAGCUACAGUUCCCAGCACCCUUAAAAACUACGGUUCCCAGAAUUCUUUGGGAGAGGCCGUGUGCUUUAAAUGUAUGGUGUAGCCUUUUAGUGUCUUUGCAUCUCGAAAUAGACUUCUGAAUUAUCCUGUGGUUGUAGAAGAACAAUGAAUAAUAAUAAUGUAUGGUUUCUCCCCAUAUGCCCACACCGCUAUUUUUCUUUCCCAUCCGCUCAAGUUGUCUUAUCUCUCUGCUUUCCUCUUCUAGGGCAAAAUCUAAAAAUGGUGGAAGGUGUUUAAGGGAAAGGUUGGAGAAGAUAGGAUUAAAUCUACCUGCUGGGAGGCGUAAAGCAGCUAAUGUCACCUUGCUAACGUCACUGGUGGAAGGUAAGGCUCCUUCCGUUCGGGAGCUCAGUGGAUUUCUUGGAGGAUGCACGGGGUGUUUGGUGCUCAAAAUAUCCUCUCCUGUUAGACAUGAGAGGGCUUCAUAUUAUUUGUCUUCGAUACCCUGUCUGUGGGAUUUGCGGGGUGCUGCAUUUAUAUGCUUCUUUAAAACACAUGUUGUGCCUUAGCCAUUAAAACUCCCCCAAGGUGGCUUAUAACAAGAUUUAAAAUCGAAUAUAAAACCAGCAGUAAAUAUUAUUGGCUGUAGCUACCUAAUAAUAAUAAUAAAUAAUUUACUAUUUAUACCCCGCCCAUCUGGCUGGGUUUCCCCAGCCACUCUGGGCAGCUUCCAGCAGAAUAUUAAAAUACAAUAGUCUUUUAAACAUUAAAAGCUUCCCUAAGUUCUACUCAGAGUGGAAUAAUUGAAAUGAAUGGACCUAAGCUGGUCAAUGGGUCUGUCCUGAGUAAGAAUAGCAUUGGAGACAACUCUAAAAAUUAAAGCACAAAAGUAACAAAUACAGAGGAUAAAGCUUCAAACAGCAGGAGAGAAACUCAGUUAAGGUCAAAGACCUGGCAAAAUAAAAAUUUAACACACAAUUUCUGUUCUCAUCCUGAAGCAAAGUUCUUAACCCGAGGUACUAUUUCUGGGUUAGCGGAGUCCGUAACCUGAUGUGUCUGUAACCUGAGGUACCACUGUAUAAGUAGAGGUGGCGUGGGGAGAAGCCUUUGGCAUCAUCACCCUGCACAGAAAUGGGCCCUGAUUAAUCUGUGAUUAAUAUGGGCAAAAGAUUAACUAACAGGCACCUGAAGGGAACUAAGGAGGCAGGAUGGGGUUAUUCUCUGGCCUUCAUGGUAAACGAGAGAGGUUGUCAUCCCGGCAACCUCGAUGUGAGAAGUGUGUGUGUGUGUGUGUGUGCGCGCACACACACACACACACACACGGUGACAGGAGUUUUUGGACUGUGCAUUUGCUUUGCUCUGAAAUCCAUUGUGGCCCAAAAGGCAGCUGCCAAGGAGGAAUAGCCCAUCUCUUUUGUUGGCAGCAAAUGAAACGAACAGGUCUGUGAGGCAGCGGUUGUUCCCCAGGCAGUUGGGCCUGGCUCCUUUGAAUGGUUGAUUACCAUCAGAAGAAAAGGAGGACAGGGAAAGACACAUUUUUGACUCAGCCCAGACAGCUGGGAGCUGUCACUGGCUGCUGUUCAGGGGGGUCGGAGUAAAUUACAGAUGAUGGCAUGUUUGACCAAGGAACAAGGCUAGCCCUACAUAUCGAAAGGGCUAGCCUUACAUUUCAACCAAGCCCUGACAGCCCCAGGGUCCUGGCUGUACUACUUCUUCACAUUUGUUACUCACUUUCCUCCCCACAAAAACUUACCCAAAGCGACUUACAAAGUGCAGAGUCUGUCCUUUGAUUUUUUGCAUGAAUUUCUGGUUUUGGCGCCUCUCCUUCCAGUUGAGGUGGGCUCCACUAAGGGUGCAUCAUUCUUACUAUGGCACACUCUAACAAUAAAUCCUGUUUUGGCUGUGAAAGCCAAGGAUACCCCCCAGCUUUAAAUGAGAGAAAACAAGUAGAAUAAAAAUUAAAAAAUCUAACUAUAUCUCACUUUCUCCUUUGAUAGAUUAGUAUUAUUUAAAACAGCAAUAUACAUCAAUGUAUGGGUGACUGUGGGACUCACAGGCCAGUUGCAUCCUACAGAGCCUUUGGGUCUGAUCCAUGGUCUCCCCUCCUUGCCCCCUAUCCCACCCAACAUUCAUGCUUAGCAGGAAAAGGUCCCAUUCAUGUAUAUAAGACAUUUCUCCUAGACCUGUCUGACAUGUAGAGCGGAUAGAUUUUCAAAGGGGGCAGCUGGGGAAAGAAGGCACAAACUGCUCACAUGCUGCCGUCCCCUCCAUUACAGUCCCUGUGUGGCAAUUUGACAUUCUAAAAUAGCCACCGUCACACAAUUGGGUCCUUUCUUUAAGCUUACUUGCGACAGGGGAGGAUAAGGCCAAAGCAGGAGAGGGUUGUUCCCCAACCAUUAUUACAGAUACAGAGGUACCUCGGGUUAAGAACUUAAUUCGUUCUGGAGGUCCGUUCUUAAACUGAAACUGUUCUUAACCUGAGGUACCACUUUAGCUAAUGGGGCCUCCUGCUGCCGCCGCGCCGCCAGAGCACGAUUUCUAUUCUCAUCCUGAAGCAAAGUUCUUAACCCGAGGUACUACUUCUGGGUUAGCGGAGUCUGUAACCUGAAACAUCUGUAACCUGAAGCAUCUGUAACCCGAGGUACCACUGUAAUAGCAAAGCUGUAUGGGAGCCAAGCUGGACCGCUCAACAAUAACAAAGAGCUUUCUACAUAUUAAAGGGGGAUCCUUAGGCAGAAUUUAGGAAUUUCUAUAUUAAAUGAUAAAUAAAUUUGUAAACCCCCUACAAAACAUCCUGACGAUGACCUGUGAGCCUGCAGGACAGGGUUGGGGAACAGAUAAACCUCUGUUUAAAUUAUAGUCAUUAUUUCUCAGUUUGCAGCUAUACAUGCAAAUUAGCAUGCUCAUAUAUAUAUGCAGUGCUAUUUUUCUAGAAAAAGAGGGGCUGGAACUCACUGUGAACACUUCCCUUGUUCCUUUAUAAUGACAAUGGUGCCCACCUGAGAGGUGCUGGAACUGAGUUCUGGCUUUUAAAAAAGCCCUGCAUGUAUGUUUGUAAUCCAUUUCCUUCUUUCUCUUGGUUUUAAUGUAUCUGUGUGGAGAUUUUGUCUGUCUGUCUGGUUGGUUAUAAGUUGCUUUGGGUUGCCCUGAGCAAGAUAAAGCAACUAACAAAUUCAAUAAAUAAUAAUAAUAUGCAGAGGUUCCUCAAAUCCUCUUUCUGUUUGGGUGGCAUGUAAAGCUCUACUCCACCCCCUUUUCCAGCUGUGUUACAACCCCAGAUCAACCAUAGAGUAAUGUGUUUUUCUUUUUGCUGGGGUUGGGUAGGAGGGUCCACAUCUGAUGGCUUUUCACGUGGAAGGCAAGAGGAGUAAGAGAAAGAGAUGGCCCUGUCUGCAUUGCCUGCGAUGAGCACUGAGGCUUCCUUAGGCGCUCAGGCUGGGGUAUUCCAUCAUUCCAUGGAAAUGCCCUCUCAUCGGUGAAAUUGAUCCAUCUUCAGGCAUCCCUGCGGAAGUAAUCAGAGCUGAUGGCAAUUGAUCAUGCUCAGCUUCUGAAACCCUGGUUAGACAGACAGAGUUAAUUCAUCUCCGCUCCCCUGCUGAUUGCUGGAUUAUGCCAUCCAUCCCAAGUGCAUUAACCUAGUUGCCAGAGCAUUGCUUCCACCCUGCUUGUGGUGGGAAGCCAGGCUGCUCUUUAGCCGUUCUAAGCAGAAUCUGCUCUUGGAUACCCAAGCAGAACCAGCUUUUUUAAGUUGCUUAAAAACUUUCUCAAGUUUCUAGUUCUCAUGGCUGUGUGCACAUUUGAACCAAAAGAGGACGCUUGGCAGUUCUGUCCUAUGCUUUAGGAAUUUUGCAUUGUUUCAUCAUUCAGUUAAGUUAUUUUAUGCUUUGUACCCUGCUCUGAUAUUCUAAUGGAUUAGAAGUGGGUUAUAAAUGUUCAAAAAAAUAAAACGUACUCCACUGUACUUGGGAUAGGGAGACGUGUCCAAGCAACACAAUAGGGAACCAUCUGUAUCAGCUUUUGGGACCUAAGUGCUCCUUUUCUGCAGUGGGGCAGUGGGCAUGGGACUGUAUUCAGGCUUCCAGCCACUCCUUUCAAUUCUACACCCCCUGGUUUCCCCUAUGCCUGCUGAGAAUACUCAGUUGUCACUGGGCCCUCUUACAGUCACGCCCCUGUAGAUUUUCUGUACUUCUGCAAAGCUUCGAGCUCCAGUAUUAUUAUUUAUUAUUAUUAUUAUUAUUAAAAUUUCACAGGGUGUUUCUACAGCAUAAAACCACAAAAUACAUAAUAUAAGAAGCAAAACAAUUCCCCCGUGCUCCCACAAGAGGUGAUGGAUUCUCCUUCCUCAGAGGUUGUUAAGAAGUUGGUUGGCCAUCUGUUACUAUGAUCUAGUUGACAUUCCUGCGUUGCAGGGGGUUGGACCAUAGCUGUCUACUUUCAGAUUUGAAAAUAAGGGAUCAGCAGCCUCACCUGUCCUGGGGAUAGUCUACAGGAUAUCUAACAAUCUGUGAUAGCAUCGGGAAGCAGCGGGAAACGGCGCUGGAAUAAGGGAAUUUCCCGCAAAAAAAGGGAAGGUUGACAGCUAUGGGUUGGACUAGAUGGCCCUCAGAGUCCCUUCCAAUUCUACGAUUCUCCCCCUGUGCUGAUGCUUCCCAUGUGUGCGCGCCAUUAUUAUUAUUAUUAUUAAUUUGUAUACAAUAAAUUUGUAUACUGCCCUUCAUCUGAAGUUCACAGGGCACUUCACAACAUAAAAAUACAAAAUGAGAAACACAAAAUACAUAACAUGAACAAGAACAAAAAACCAAACCAAUAACCCCCUUCCCACAAACACAUUUAAAAGGACAUUGAAUGUUAAUCAGCCAAAGAUCUGGUUAAAAAGAAAUGUUUUUGCCUGGCAUUUAAAGAUAUGUAAUGAAGGCAUCAGGCAAGCCUCCCUGAGGAGAGCAUUCCCAAAAGAGGGAGCCACUGAAGAAAAGGACGAUUUUUGUGUUGCCACCUUCCAGACUUUUCAUGGAUGAGGUACACAAAGGGCCUCAGAUGAUGAGCAUAGGAUCUGGCAGUCCUGAGCCGUUUAAGGCUUUAUAAGUCAAAACCAGCACUUUGACCUAUACUGUGUGUGUGUGUGUGUGUGUGUGUGUGUGUGUGUGUACACAGUAUACUGCUGUUUGGACUACGUAAGAACCAGCAAUAUAUAUACUAUUAGUAUAUCUGCUUUUAAAACAUUACAAAUAACUUUUCUUCUAACAAUAAGCAGCAGCUUUUGUUUUCUAAAUUGUGACCUUAUUUACUAAAUUUUGGCACCUAUGUUGAGGCUUUCGUAAUACAUCAAUUGCUUUGUUCAGUCAGGUCAAUCAAAGAGCAGGAGAUUUAUACUUAGCUGAUAGCCCUGCUUAUUCAUGCUGUUGAAAAGUCUAGAGACCCACACAUAGGGAUGGGCAGAAAUUAAAUUCAGUUCACAUUUUAAGGCAAAUUUACCCAAUUUGCACUUUCCAAAACAAGAUGUGAACUGAAACACAGCCAUCCUUCGAAAUUCAUGCUUCUCCAGAUUUUGCAAUGCAGUUUUCCAUCCAAGUAAUAUGUGCAAAAAUGCAUCUUCUUGUUAAGUGUGCAUAAAAAUGCAUGUUUUAGUGAACAUAACGUAAAAAAUGAAUUUAUGAAGGGAAGAAUUGCUUUGCGAAAAAUGUGUACAAUGGGCAAAAUUGUAUCCAGACGUGUAUAUUAGGAUAAAAAUGCACUAAACUGCUGAUGUGUUUUCAUGAGGACUUUCUUUAAAACAACAACCAAGUGAUGUGAUAAUUUGGAGGACUGAAUUUCAGAGUGGAAAAACAAGAAACUGAGAAACUGAAAUUAACAUAUUUCACCCAUGCUUUUAAGAGUCUGCCUCUCCAAAGGCUACUCUGCUUUAUAUAGAACUCUCCUGAUCACAAGCAAAAUACACAAAGAGAGAUAUUGCCAAGCAACUUUGACUUUCUCACCAUGAGAUAGUGAUAAGUUGGGAGUUUGGCUUAGAAAAAUCAGAAACUGAGAGAAAAUGAAAUUGACAUCCCUAUGAGCUCCACCCCAUGCAGAGUUGAUUAUGCUGAGUAUCAGUAGCAGACAAGACCAUACAUGCUCAUGAAUAUAUUUCUUUUGCAGGUGAGGCUGUUCACCUCGCCCGAGAUUUCGGUUAUGUGUGCGAAACAGAGUUCCCGGCUAAAGCUGCAGCGGAGUACCUCUGCCGCCAGCACUCCGACCCCGGUGAGCUUCAUGCUCGGAAGAACAUGCUUUUAGCAACCAAGUGAGUAUAGAGUCCAUACAAUUACCCUUCCCCCUUUUGCCUUAAAAGGGAGAGUCUCCAAAAAAGGGAGAGCCACAGUUGUGAAAAUUAAUUUUGAAUUAAUUUUGGCUGUUGGGAACUCUAGUUUAGGACACCUGGAAGGUUGCUGUAGUCUGGCUUAAACAAACAUUUCCCUGGCACAAUGUCAGAAUUCAAAUGUGACUUUCUUUUGGAAAUAGAAUUUUUAAAUGUGGAAUUCAACUCUGUGAAGGAUAAUGUUAAUCUUAGGCCAUGCAGAGAGAUUUUAAGGUAAUAAUUUCAAAUAGUUUCUUUGAACAUUUAAUACCUUUAUAUUUGAAACAGCUUCCAAAUUCUCCCUGGAAUCUUUUGCAGCUCUUAUGUUUACUUAUUUAAAAAUUAUUUACAAUUCCCUGGUUUCUAUUUUUGUUUGCAGUUCUGUUAUGAUGGUUGUGAACUAUUUAGGCUGCAAAGCUACAAACGGUUAUCUGAGAGUAGGCCCUAUUGAACUUAGUGGGACAUACUUCUGAGUAGACAUUGUAGGAUUGUACUGUUAACUGGUUAGUAGUUGAAGGAUGGGGAACCUUUGACUCUCCAGAUGUUGCUCAUCUGCAACUCUCCCAUCAUCUCUCACCAUUGCUUACACUGGCUGGGGUUGAUGGGGCUGGAGUCCUACAACUCCAAAGGUUCCCCAGCCCGGCAUUCGUUGAUGUAAGUUGUAUUAUCCUGAUGUUCCAAGUUAACAAUCUGCUAAAGCCAACAUCCAGUAAAAGUAUAAAAGAAAAUGUUGGAUCACUGCUCAAGCCUGGUCCAAAGAAAAUUUUACAAUGCUUUAAAAAGAAUUUGAGACAGAAUCUGGUGGAAUCUCCUGGGGAAGAAGCUUUGUAGUUCUCACACAGACAUACCAAACAUACCUCAUUCUCUGCCUUCAUUGUAUACAGAUUCCCAGGUGGAAAGAUCCCCAAAUGUGCUGAACAAUUUUCUGGGCAGGCCUGUAUUUCAGUGUUUAGCUUGGUGUUCCAAAUUCUGUAAGACAGAUCCCAUCACAAGACAGUUUCCAGGCAAUUUCUCUGCCCACCAAACUCUCAAAAGCAAUCAGAAAAUUGUUGUUUCAUAAAAUCACCAAAUGAAUUGUAGGCUGCAAAUUAUAAAUUUGCAGACUCUCCUAUUGGAGAAGUCAGAUUCACCAGCUAUGAAUUAUACUGGUUACAAGUACACGCACACAAAAUACUCUGUGAAGAGUCUAAGCUGUUAGUUCUCAAAGGCAGGAAAGAGCAGACUUUAGCCUUGUGGGAUCUAAAUUGUUUUUCACUGGUACCCCAACAUCCACCAACUGAAGGCAAAGGAGUUAUCAGUGCUGGACAAAUUCCAGCUAGGCAAAAGUUAUUGGUUGUGAAGCCAGGCCAGGAGAGACUUUUGAGGGGCCAAACAGAGAGGUUUGGAGGGCCACAUUUGGCCUUUGGUACCCUACCCCUGCCCUAAGGUUUCUUGAUUUCAGCAGCCUCAUUUCAGUGGGGCUUUUUGGAUUUGCUAUCAAUGAACCACUGGGAAUCAGAAACACUUGUUAAUUUACUGCAAUCCCUAAGAACAUAGGAAGAGUCUUGCUGGGUCAGGCCAAUGGCCCAUCUGGUCCAGUUUCCUGUUUUUACAGUGGCCGACCAGAUACCCGUGGGAAACCAGUAAGCAGGACCAGAGCACAAGAGCAAUCUCUGCUCCUGCAGUUUCUAUCUCUAGAGCCGUCUACUCACCUCUGUUCUAAGGCACAAUUUAGCUAAAAUGUAAACAUGUUGCUAUGUGUAGAUGUGAUGCCAGAUGUGCUGCUGCCGUGUGAGCCUGGGACAUGGCAGCUCCUCCUCCUCCUCCUGCCACAGAGGGGAAGCAAUCCCCAGCCCGUGGCAGUGGAGCUGCCAAGCUACACCUGCUUGUGUCAUUUUUUGUCUUGUUUUACUUAAGGUUAUAUCUCCCCUUUCUCAUUCUAGGCAAAUCUGCAAAGAGUUUGCCGAUUUGAUGGCCCAAGAUCGCUCUCCACUUGGAAACAGCCGCCCUUCCCUCAUUCUGGAACCCGGAGUUCAGAGUUGCUUGACCCACUUCAGCUUAAUAACUCAUGGUUUUGGGGGGCCGGCAAUCUGCGCGGCACUUACAGCGUUCCAAAACUACUUGGUGGAGUCGCUCAAAGGGCUCGAUAAAAUGUUCAUGAACAGCACAGGCAACGGCCACCCGGUCGGCGACUCCAAAACAUCAGAAAAGGAAGUGAAACAUCGGAAAUGACGCCACAGUUUCCCAGCCUGCCCAGUCAGAGGGUUUUUCCCCUUUCCCAGUUCAUGAGAUAGGAGGCUUGGGUCUUAUCGACGUUGGGAAAAGAAAAGCAGCAACAGCGAAGACCCCCCCCCUUUUCUCUUGCCAUGUUUUCUGAACUGUGACAGAUGCAUCUCUGAAACCAACUCAACAAAAUGUGACUGGAGAAGGAGGAACAUCCACAUGGGCCUCACAGAGAUGGAAGUAAAAUCAAGAGCAGUUGGUGGUUGCCGUUGACACUUUGGGUAUUCAGUAGUGGAUACCAAAAGCCAGGUUACAUGUGCAAUUACUUUUUCUUUUUUUAAAAAAUACAUUUUCUUUGAAAAGCCCAUAAUCAUGCAAUGUUGAGCUGUUCCAAGAGAGAAGUGAGCAAUGUAAAAUGAAGAGGUCUUAGUGGGAUCAAGAAGGGCAGGGGGAUGUUUUUAAUUUGCCUCAUGGGACAGGCCCAGAAAGAUGAGGCAGAAAGAGCAAGCAAGGUGUCUGCUGAUGUUCACCUCCGUUGCAGACUUAUGGGUCAAGGAAGAAGGAACCUCACCUGUUCCACUGCCACUGUGCAGCUCUGCGACUUCGUUUGCACAUUUUGACCAAUUGGAAAUCACAGUGGGUUUUGUCUGAUUUAGACCGACACACCAAUACACACGUUUCAGCAGUUUUCCCCCUAAAAGGAACAGAGUUCCCUGCAAAUGCUCUGUUCUGUCGAGUUGUCAUUCAGCUGACCUGGACCCAGGAUGAGUGAGAUUACACCACCAGCCUCCACUCCUUGAGUUUUCAAAUUUUUUAGUAAUAUUAAAUAAUGAAUAAAUGAUUAUACUUAUAAUAAUAAAUUAAUAAACAAUUAAAGCACAAGAAAGAACUUGAAGGAGGCCAAACCGAACUGUUUUGAAAUCUGUAUAUAUUUAUUUAUGUGUAAUUAAAUCAAAGUUUUAAAAUGUCCAGUGCGCGUUAUUUAUAUCCAAUUAAGUUGGGACUUCUUUUUAAAAAAAAAACUUUUUGAAAACUAAGUCAGUCUUUGGAAUUUUCUGGAAUGAAGUUUUGGAUACAGAACCUGGUAGCAUGGACAAUAGCCUGUGACACUAAUGAUUAGAGACAUUUAGCCCGG